AUUGGAGGGGAGGCUGAGCGUCGGCUUGCUAGACGGCGGAGAAGAGAGCAGGUGACGGCGGUCGGCGACGCAGGGGUGACGGCUUCUCACUUCAGCGGCUUCUCACAUGCGGCUGGGGUCACUCCUCGGCUGCUUUGAGGGAGAAACAGAAGAAGAGAGGCUUUUUUUUCCUUAAUGGGAUAAGGGUCUUCACUCAAAUCAAAACAAACACUCUCUCGCAAUUUUAUAAACCUUAUCGAGAUGGGUCUACUCGGGCCGCCGGAGCUCAGAAACGCCGCCCCACCACCGUCACCGCCUCCUGAAACAAACACCAAGCCACCCCCAUCCGCCGGAGUUCAGGAACGCCGCCCCAGGGUCUUCAAUCCCCCCAUGGGCUUCACCGAGAACAUGGCCGCGACCUAUCUCUCGUCCGGCGACCCCUGCCUCGAUUUCUUCUUCCACGUCGUCCCCGACACCCCGUCGGGAUCCCUCGAAGCGCGGCUUUCCGCCGCGUGGGAACACGACCCUCUGACGGCGCUCAAACUCGUCUUCAACCUCCGAGGCGUCCGCGGCACCGGGAAAUCCGACAAGCAGGGGGCCCAACAGAAGACGGAAUGGGAUAAGAGAAAGCUUCUGGCGCUCGUAAAGAGUUCUGAGUGGAAAUGUAAGGGCACAGUUAACAAGAAGAAAGUUAUGUACAUGGUUCCCUCCCUGCCCAAAGAAGAGAGGAAACUUCUCAUGGCGAAGAAGCUGAUCGAUAAAUACAACGGGGACGGAGAUUUCCGGUAUCUCUAUGACCGGAUCUCCGAUUUCUUCGGGGAAGCUCUCAGAGCCGAUCUGGAGAGAUUGAACGCCGGCGAGGCACACAAGAUCAGCCUCGCCGCAAAAUGGUGCCCGUCGAUCGACCGGUCCUUUGACCGGUCGACUCUGUUAUGCGAAGCCAUUGCACAGAAGGUGUUCCCCAGAAUGUCCCAUCCAGAAUACGAAGGAAUCGAAGAAGCUCAUUACAUCUACAGAGUCCGGGACCGUCUCCGGAAGGAAGUCCUUGUUCCUCUCCGGAAGGUUCUAGAAUUGCCGGAAACCUACAUCGGAGCCAACCGCUGGGACUCCAUACCCUACAACAGAGUCGCCUCUGUCGCCAUGAACUUCUACAAGAACAAGUUUUUCAAGCACGAUGGGGAACGAUUCCAAGGCUACCUGGAGUCCGUGGAAAAGGGGGAAGCCAAAAUCGCCGCCGGCGCUCUGUUACCGCACGAGAUAAUCCAGGCAUUGGACGACGGAGAUGACGACGAAGGAGAAGUAGCAGAGCUGCAGUGGAAGAGAAUGGUGGACGAUCUUCGCCAGAGAGGGAAGCUGAGGAACUGUAUGGCGAUCUGCGACGUCUCGGGAAGCAUGAGGGGAACUCCGAUGGAAGUUUUGGUGGCGUUGGGCCUUCUCGUUUCGGAGCUGAGCGAGGAUCCGUGGAAGGGGAAGCUGAUCACAUUCAGCAACAACCCGAAACUCCAGAUGAUCAAAGGGGAUUCUCUCAGGGAGAAGACGAGCUUCGUGACGAGGAUGGAGUGGGGGAUGAACACGGACUUCCAGAAGGUGUUUGAUCUGAUCCUGAAGGUGGCGGUGGAGGGGAAGCUGAAGCGGGAGCAGAUGAUCAAGAGGCUGUUCGUGUUCAGCGACAUGGAAUUCGACCAGGCCUCAUCAGAGUCCGGCGAAGCCUGGGAAACGGAUUACAAGAAGAUAAAGAGGAAGUUCAGGAAGAAGGGGUUCGGGAAGACGCUGCCGGAGAUUGUGUUCUGGAACCUGAGGGACUCGAUGGCCACGCCGGUGCCGGGGAGCCAGAAGGGAGUGGCUCUGGUGAGUGGGUUUUCAAAGAAUCUGUUGAAGAUGUUCUUCGAGGGAGACGGGAUUAUCGACCCUGUGGAGGUCAUGCGGUCCGCCAUCUCCGGCGAAGAGUAUCAGAAGCUCGCCGUCGUUGAUUAAACCCUUAUCAUUCCCGUUAAUGUCUUUCUCCUUUUUUUAAAGCUUAUAGAACAUUUUUUCCUUUCCAAUGCCUAGUGCUCCUUGCUUUAGAGAAUAUUUUUCAUAUGACAGAACUUAAGGAUUUUUGUUCUGUUGCACAUUUCGAGCUCAAUUGAUAGAGGGACUCUCUGGGAAUAACAAUUAGCAUUAGCG